AAAAAAAAAAAAAAAAAAAAAAAAAACCCUAUAUAUAUAUAUACACACAUACAAUGACAGCUAUACAGACGAGCAAUGCAAAUCAAUUAGGAGAGAUGUGUGCGAUGAUUAUACCAUGUAUUUGGGCAGGCAAUUUCAAACGACCCUUAUUAAGUCCGAAACGUCAUGCAGCAUUUAAAGUGUUUGUUCAGAAAGUGUUGAAAUCAACGCAGAUCAGUAGUAGUUGUGUGAUAUUAUCACUGUAUUAUAUUCAACAGUUACGAAGCGCGUAUCCUAGUAUCAAGGCGUCGAUUGGAUCUGAAGUGAGAUUGUUUACGACAGCAUUAAUGUUGGCCAACAAGUAUUUGGAUGAUAAUACUUUUACAAACAAGACAUGGAGUCAAGUGUCAAGUAUACCAGUGAAUGAAUUGAAUAUUAUGGAAAUGGAGUUUUUAUCCGCACUGAAUUACACAAUCCAUAUCCCUCAUGCAGUGUAUUUUGAAUGGCGUAACACAUGUCAAGGUUGGUGGAAUCAUCUUUCGCUUUGUCUUACACCUUUAGUACUUGUACCAUCACAAAAGCGGUCUUCAUUAUGGGAAGAAAGUUCUCCUGUACAAAAGAAAUUCUUUCCUUCAGUGGAUUACUAUAUAGAUGUAAAACCCAUCUUGAGCUGGUCCUCAUCUGUAUCUGCAUUAUCUUCUUCUAGAUAUAAUAGUCAUUUAGAUGUAUAAAUUAAAAUUCAAACAUAAAUAAAAUACCCCCCCCCCCAAACAACACUCACACACUCCCCCCCAACAACAACAACACACAUACACAAACACAAACACAACACCCCCCAUUUUUGUAAAUAUAAUUAUAAUAUAUGAUCGACCGGUUCUGGCCUUUUUUCAUUCUCCUCCUUAAACAGGAUUUUCUUGUCUUCCCCUUCUUUCUUCUCCUCCCCCCUCCGAAUCAGCUGAGAAUGUUUUACACGUGGAUUAAAAUGAUGAAACAAAAAAAAAAAAAAAAAAAAAACCGGCGUAUAAACAAUUAAACAUUUCCCGCUUUUUUU